CCAGAUCUCUCUCGGAACAACGUGGUGUUUGGCCCUCUCUCUCUCUCUCUCUCUUUUUGGGUACCUUAAAAGCCCGUUAUAUAUCCCUUUUCUUUCGCACACGCCACAUUUGUUUUUUCAUUUAACUUUCUAUAUCGAAAACCCCCAUCAUAUCGUUCGAUUGUUUUUUUCCGAUCGACCCACAUCUGUUUGUGACGAAAAACAGAGUCUUUUGGGGGAGAUAAUAAUAAUAAUGGCGAAUGGAGAGAGUGGGGUAGUGGCAGCAAUCUUCAGUGAGGAUGAGCUGAGUGAGGUGAGUGGCGUGAAGCGAGUUGGUGACUAUGUUGAAAUCACGUGCGGUUGUACUAGCCACAGGUAUGGUGAUGCUGUUGGAAGGCUUAGGGUUUUCGUUAAUGGCUACCUUGAAAUCACUUGUGAAUGCACCCCUGGUUGCCAAGAAGACAAGUUGAGUCCUUCUGCAUUUGAGAAACACUCUGGAAGAGAGACAGCUCGAAAGUGGAAGAACAACAUAUGGGUAAUAGUGAAGGGUGAGAAGGUUCCAUUGUUCAAAACAGUGCUACUCAAAUACUACAACCAAGUUUCAAAAGCUGCUGCUCUUAAAUCCCAUGAUGCUUUGGCAGAUGCUAAUUGGAAAUGUUCUGAUCUCCAAUAUGACAAAAUUACAUGUGAUGAUGAAGAAGAACGAGGGAGCCGCAGAGUAUACAGGGGAUGCACUCGCUCUCCGACAUGCAAAGGUUGCACCUCCUGUGUCUGCUUCGGCUGCAGCAUCUGCCGCUUUUCAGAUUGCAGCUGCCAGACUUGUACUGACUUCACAAGCAAUGUCAAAGUUUGAUAUUCAUCCAUCUUCUUCAUAUAGGCUUGUUUAUGCCUAUAUCAAUAUUUUUAAUUUUCUAAUUGGACUCAACUUCCAGUCUGAGUUCAUCAAUCAUUGUUCUCAUUGACUGGAUCAUAAAAUUACAAUGUUAGUGAUUCUGAUUCUGUUCUCUCUCAUAAUGUUUUACCUAAUAUAGUCAUACAUUGAUUCUUAGUAGUGAAUAAAUUUGUUCUAGACCUCCAUAUUUAUCAAUAGAAAAAAUCAACAGAUCAAGAAAGUAGUGGUGUUAAUUAUGAUAUACAAGUGAUGGUGACAUAGUGCGACCAGCUUCGUUGUUUUGGGAAUUAUUGGGUAGUAGUGUGAAGAUUUUGUACCCCAAUAAUGCCCAAGUUGUUGUGUGUGUAUUAAUGAUUGGACGAGUUACCAUAGACAAUAACAAUGAGUGGAGUGGAGUGGAGUGGAGGAGUUACCAUAACCAAGUCAUUGUUAAGGGGAGCACUUCACCACAUGCUUAUAUAGGCACUACCUUUAGAUGCUCAGAGAGGACUCACUUUCUCCUUUCUUUGCCUUACUAAUAUCAAAUGAAGUGUAAAACAUUUUUUAUAUCUAAAAAUACAAGUCACUUCAAUGUU